CAGCUGCUGCUCGGGGAGAUCCCAGCCACUACCGCCACUACUACCGCCACCACCUCUCCCAGCCUUUCCGCCUCAUGUCUUGGAUCUGUUAGGAUCCAGCGCUGGGAUCUACCAAGACCGCCAUCCUGCCUACUCACCCCCCCCCAGAUCACCAACACGCCCGCGCUGCCAGGCGAGAUUGCUUCCUCUCCCAGCUGGGAUCUCUUCAUCACCAAGAGGGCUGUCCCUCUCUCUCCACAACCUCCCGCAUCCGCCCGCCCGUGCGUCGGUCUCUCCGCCGCCGCUGCCGCCGGCUCUCUCAGCCUCUGGGAUGGCUCAGCCGCCGCUGGGAACCCCUCGCUGACUGGGAUCUGGCUUCUCCUCGGAUCGCUCGCUCUCCAUCACCAAGGGGACUCUGCCCACCUCUCUACCAGAGAGCCGCCUCUUCGGGCGCCUCCUUCGCCCUCGCCUGGAAAAUCGGCUACCGCGGACAGCGCCCCAGGCUGGAGAGGAAACACAAGAAGACCUGGGUCUGGAACAUCCCACCAGCGUGUCUGGGGAGAUAUGAUCCCAAGGAGAAAGAUGCCGCUUCUCCUAGUACUGAGCUUGCUGGCGCUGACGACACCGCUACCUGGCGACGGGGCGCUUCAUCUGAACACCUCCGAAGGCUGCAAACUCAUCUUCCCUCCUUGGGAUGGCGGCAUCCGCUACCGAGGCUUGACUCGCGAACAGGUCCAGAGUGCCCGCUUCCUGCCCUUCGACUACGAGAUCGAAUAUGUGUGCCGGCCCGAGCGCGAGAUCGUGGGGCCCAAAGUGCGGAAGUGCCUGUCCAACGGCACCUGGACGGACAGUGAAGUCGAGAGCCGCUGCUUGCGCACCUGUCCCAAGAUGCAUCUGAGCCUAGAGAACGGACAAGUGCAUGUCCGGGCGAUUGAGCGGGUGCCUGUGGAGGGCACCUGGGUGGAGUAUCGCUGCAAUCCUGGCUUCCACCUGGUGGGCAGCCCACGUAGCAACUGCACCAAGGUGGGCCGCUGGAGUUCCUCCAAACCUGUCUGCGAAUUGUGGCGUCCUCCUGUUUACACACCUGGAUCAGGCAAGAAGAGGCUGCACAUCGGCGCGCUCUUCCCCAUGACCGGCGGGUGGCCCGGGGGCCAAGCCUGCCUGCCCUCGGCCCAGAUGGCCCUCGACGACGUCAACAGCCGUAGGGACAUCCUGCCCGACUACGAGCUGCGCCUCGACCACCGCGACAGCGAGUGCGAACCAGGCGUGGCCACCAAGUUCCUCUACGAGCUCCUCUACAAUGACCCCAUCAAGAUCAUCCUCAUGCCAGGCUGCAGCAGCGUCUCAACCCUGGUGGCCGAAGCAGCACGCAUGUGGAACCUCAUUGUGCUGUCCUACGGCUCCAGCUCUCCAGCCCUCUCCAACCGCCAGCGCUUCCCCACCUUCUUCCGCACGCACCCGUCCGCCACUCUGCACAACCCCACCCGCGUGCAGCUCUUCAAGAAGUGGAGCUGGACCAAGAUCGCCACCAUACAGCAGACCACAGAGGUGUUCACCUCGACCUUGGAUGACCUGGAAGAGCGAGUCAAAGAAGCCGGGAUCGAGAUCACUUUCCGCCAGAGCUUCUUCUCUGACCCUGCUGUGCCCGUCAAGAAUCUGAAGCGCCAAGAUGCCCGUAUCAUCGUUGGACUCUUUUAUGAGACGGAGGCGCGGAAGGUCUUCUGUGAGGUCUACAAGGAGCGCUUGUUUGGGAAGAAGUACGUCUGGUUCCUGAUUGGCUGGUACGCUGACAACUGGUUCCGCAUCAAGGAUGCGAAUAUUAACUGCACCGAGGAAGAGAUGAGGGAGGCCGUGGAGGGCCACAUCACCACCGAGAUUGUCAUGUUGAACCCAGAGAACACACGCAGCAUCUCCAAUAUGACAUCACAGGAAUUCAUUGAGAAGCUGACGAAGCGGGUGGAAAAAUCCCCGGAGGAGACGGGAGGCUUCCAGGAGGCUCCGCUGGCCUAUGAUGCCAUCUGGGCCCUGGCACUCGCACUCAACAAGACCUCCACGGAGCUGGUGAAGAAGGGCCUGCGGCUGGAAGACUUCAAUUAUAACAACAGGACUAUCACAGAUGAGAUCUACCGAGCCCUCAACUCUUCAGCCUUUGAGGGAGUCUCUGGACAUGUGGUCUUUGAUGCCAGCGGCUCUCGGAUGGCCUGGACCCUCAUCGAACAGCUGCAGGAUGGCAUCUAUAAGAAGAUUGGGUAUUAUGACAGCACCAAGGAUAAUCUCUCCUGGUACAACAAUGAAAAAUGGAUUGGCGGUGUCCCGCCAGCUGACUACACAAAGGUCAUCAUCACUUUCCGGUACCUCUCCCAGAAGCUCUUCAUUUCUGUCUCGGUGCUCUCCAGCGUGGGUAUCCUGUUGGCCAUCAUCUGCUUGGCCUUCAACAUCUACAACGGGCACGUCAGAUACAUCCAGAACUCGCAGCCGUACCUCAACAACAUGACAGCCGUGGGUUGUGCACUGGCGCAAGCGUCUGUCUUCCCGCUCGGACUGGAUGGCCUCCACAUCAGCAAGGGCCUCUUUCCCUUUGUUUGCCAGGCUCGUCUUUGGCUCCUGGGCUUGGGCUUCAGCUUGGGCUAUGGCAGCAUGUUCACCAAGAUCUGGUGGGUGCACACGGUUUUCACCAAGAAGGAAGAGAAGAAAGAACGGCGGAAGACUCUGGAGCCCUGGAAGCUCUACGCCACGGUUGGGCUGCUUGUCGGGCUCGACUUCGUCAUCUUGGCCAUCUGGCAAAUUGUCAACCCACUGAAACGCACCACAGAGGAAUUCACCAAAGAGGAGCCCAAGAGUGACAUCGAUGUGCUGAUCCUCCCUAAGCUGGAGCACUGCAGUUCGGAGAGGAUGAACACUUGGCUGGGUAUCUUCUAUGGCUUCAAAGGGCUGCUGCUGCUUCUGGGCAUAUUCCUUGCCUAUGAGACAAAGGGAGUCUCCACGGAGAAGAUCAACGACCACCGCGCUGUGGGCAUGGCGAUCUACAAUGUGGCUGUGUUGUGUCUCAUCACUGCCCCGGUCACCAUGAUCCUGAGCAGUCAACAGGAUGCAGCCUUCGCUUUUGCCUCCCUCGCCAUUGUCUUCUCCUCUUACAUCACCCUGGUUGUGCUCUUUGUGCCCAAGAUGCGGCGCCUCAUCACUCGGGGAGAGUGGCAGUCAGAGCAGCAGGACACCAUGAAGACGGGCUCGUCCACCAACAACAACGAGGAGGAGAAGUCGCGGAUGCUGGAGAAGGAGAACCGCGAACUGGAGAAGAUCAUCGCAGAGAAGGAAGAACGAGUCUCUGAGCUCCAGCAGCAGCUGAAAGAGCGGCAGCAGCUCCGGUCCCGGCGGCACUCCUCCAACUGUGCCGCCGACAACCACUUCAACAACUCGGCCUCGGCCUCAGCAGCCACCGCCCCAAACCUCUACCAGCCCAGCCUCCCUCUCGUCCGCUGCCUGGUGGCCGAGCAGGCCGAUAAGCUGGGGCGAAACAACUGCGAUGGCAGCCGCGUUCACCUGCUCUACAAGUGACACUUUUUCCUGGGCAAGCGACACGGAGAAGGGGAGGAGGGCGGGUGGCGCCGGCGCAGCCAAGGCAGGUCGGGGCAGAGGCUCACGAAACCAGUGGGUAGGGACUUGUACAGCCGGCUGGGGAGUUUGCUCAGAGUUCUUUCGUUCGUUUUCUAAGGGGGGAGGGAAGAAGAGAAAUCAUAACCUCUGGUUUUUGUAAAAUACCUUUGUGUCCGUCCACCUGCCUGUGCCCCUUGAACCUGGAAUCCAGGUGCCAACUCUAUGGAGACUUGUUUUAGAAGUAGCGGAUUGCAGGGGACACCGCCGUUUUGCCCCUCCCCUCCCCAAAUGCACAUGCACACUUGGUGACUUGACAAGUGUGCCUCUCUGGAAAGAUGGGUGUGCAUCAGGCAUCAGGCAGAAAUAAGGGUUCUGUGGCUCUUUGUGGUUGGGGUGUGUGUGUGUGUGUGUGUGUGUGUGUAAAUCUCUCAAGACUCUGAACAAUUACAUCCUGCAGUGUCUGUUCCCGUGCAGCUAUUUGGCUAUCUGGCUGCUGCAGCCUACAGAAGCCCCAAUCUAAGUACGGUUCAACUACAGCAUAGCAAUUGACAGUUGUGCUUGCAGUUACCAGUGCGUUUCCCUCCUUGCUUCCCACAAGCAUAUCACUUCCGGGCGCAGCUGGUUGUCUAGAGAAGGUAGCCACUGUAGCUCUGGGACAGUCCACCUGUAUGAACAGUAUUAAAAGGGAUAAUCCGUUUACUUGUGGGCCAAGCCAACCUGUUGCACAACUCGGCCAAAGCGUUUUUGUACUGUGCAAACCCCGAACAGUUCCACGCAGUUAGAUUGCGACAGAUUGGUUUCGUAUGUCAUUUGGCAUUGAAAUGGUCAGACUAGGCCCCCUGCCCAGUCUGAUUGUGGCUGUUUGUGUUGGGAACUAGAAACACAGACACACACACACACACACACACACGCACACAUUCAUUCCUCCUGUGGUUGCACUUCUAAGCCACAUUGCACAAGGCCAUCGAACCUCAUUUUGACCUCCCUUGAUGCUUGCGUAUAUGAGCGCAGGAUUGUGCGCAACUGCAACCUAGUCCCAUCUGCGCGUGUUAAGACUGAAGGCAUAAGUUAAGGAGGUGGGGAUCAAGUGCAGUCAGCUUGUAGGGCGGUGGAAGUUGCAGCAUUCCUGCGCAUUCUCAGUUGCAGAAUGCACUUGUUAAACAGGGAGAAGCUCCUAUCCAGACACCCAGGGGUACAUCCAGAGACUGUGUAAGAAGCCUGAAACCCAACCAGGUUGCUUCCUUUUCAGAGGCAGCUGUCAGCCACUGAAGACACGAACACCUUGCCAGUUCUCUUGUAACAAAGUUCAUAGGGAAGCGUCGCUCUUCGGCGCAUGGGGUGGGCAGAGGCAUCUCCAGUGUGCUUGCCAACUCUGAGCUCUGCCUACGAGAUUGCUGCCUGCAUUGCACUCUCUGCCAGACUCGCCACAAAUGCCUUCAUCUCUCACCCCACCAGGAAUGUAGGAUCUGAAGCCACAGUGAGGGUAAGAGCUGAGCAGGAUGCUGGUGAAUAUUAGGGAAAUGUGGGUCAGCAGCUCCCUUUCGACCAGUAACUUGUGUGUAUGUGUGUGUGUGCAAGCAAGCAUGCAUGCGUCAGCACCUGUUUCUCCCCACACUUUUCCAAUCUGAGCACUUUAUUGUCCCAACAGAUGUGGGUGGGAGCAGUGGGUGCUGCCAAGGGGAGUGGGGGAGAGAAGGGAAGUCUAGGUGCCUGCCAGGUGUCCCCAUCCAGUGUGCAGAUGUUCUUCAGUAAAAUAAUACAAUAUGA